GAUAAUUCUAGAAUUAUCUGCUUCUUCGUUGCCGAAACGCCACCUGGUAACGAACAUACAGUCAGUUACUAGCAAAAUGGCGCUCAAGGCACAAGUCGGUCAAAAGAUUAUGAAUGAAGUCAUCAAACAGAAGAAGACCGGAAGUUCUGGCGUUCAAUGGCGAAUUUUAGUAGUUGAUAAACUGGCCAUGAGGAUGGUAUCUGCGUGUUGUAAAAUGCAUGAUAUCAGUGCACAAGGCAUUACUUUAGUAGAAGAUAUCAACAAGAAACGGGAACCUUUACCCACAAUGGAGGCAAUCUACCUGAUCACACCAUGCAAUUCCUCUGUCCAAAAAUUAAUCGAAGACUUCAGUAAUCCUACCAGGACUUCUUACAAAGUAGCCCAUGUUUAUUUCACAGAAGUGUGUCCGGAGGAGCUGUUCAAUGAACUCUGCAAGUCUCUCGCCGCUAAAAAGAUCAAAACCCUGAAAGAGAUCAACAUCGCUUUCUUGCCUUAUGAAUCGCAGGUCUUCUCCUUGGAUUCAGCUGAAACAUUUGCUUGCUUUUAUAAUGCUUCCUUUUCCAACUUGAGAACAGCCAAUAUGGAAAGAAUAGCUGAACAGAUCGCGACACUUUGUGCUACUCUUGGAGAAUAUCCAUCAGUUAGAUAUCGAAGCGAUUUUGAUCGAAAUUUGGAAUUGGCACAUAUGGUUCAACAAAAAUUAGAUGCUUACAAAGCAGAUGAACCGACGAUGGGUGAAGGACCUGAAAAAGCACGCUCUCAAUUGCUUAUUCUAGACAGAGGAUUUGACUGUGUUUCACCGUUGUUACACGAAUUAACGUUACAAGCUAUGGCAUAUGAUUUAUUAGAUAUUGAGAAUGAUGUUUACAGAUUUGAGGCAUCUGCAGGAGUACAAAAGGAAGUAUUAUUAGAUGAAAAUGACGAUUUAUGGGUAGAUCUUAGACAUCAGCAUAUUGCUGUAGUUUCACAGAAUGUUACUAAAAAUUUAAAGAAAUUCACAGAAUCAAAAAGAAUGCCACAAGGAGACAAACAAAGUAUGAGGGACCUUUCACAGAUGAUUAAAAAAAUGCCACAAUAUCAAAAAGAAUUAAGUAAAUAUGCAACACAUUUACAAUUAGCAGAAGAUUGUAUGAAACGUUACCAAGGAAAUGUAGAUAAACUAUGCAAAGUAGAGCAAGAUUUAGCGAUGGGUACAGAUGCUGAAGGAGAACGUAUCAAAGAUCAAAUGAAAAAUAUUACUCCAAUUUUACUUGACCAAACUGUACAUCAUUUAGACAAAUUACGAAUUAUUGCAUUAUAUGUUAUUAGUAAAAAUGGUAUUUCUGAAGAAAAUCUUAAUCGUCUUGUUCAUCAUGCUCAAAUAUCUCCUGAUGAUAAACAAACUAUAGUAAACAUGGCCAAUCUUGGUAUUAACAUAGUUGUAGAUGGUGGCAAUCGUAAAAAAUUAUAUACCGUACAACGUAAAGAAAGAAUUACAGAACAAACUUAUCAAAUGAGUCGUUGGACUCCAGUUAUGAAAGAUAUUAUGGAAGACGCUAUUGAAGAUAAACUGGAUUCUAAACAUUUUCCUUUUUUGGCUGGACGAGCAGCAAGUUCGGGAUAUCAUGCUCCAACUAGUGCGAGAUAUGGACAUUGGCAUAAAGACAAAGGUUCACAAACUAUUAAGAACGUUCCAAGAUUAAUCGUUUUUGUCGUUGGAGGUGCUUGCUUUUCUGAAAUUCGAUGCGCUUACGAAGUUACAAACGCUUUAAAAAAUUGGGAAGUCAUAAUUGGUUCGUCGCACAUAAUUACACCGAAAUCCUUCUUAGAUGAUCUAAGUAAACUUCACGUAUAAAAAAAAAAUGUUUAUGUUGUAAAAAAAAAUAAAAACAUUCCCGUAUUCCUAAUAUGCCAUUAGCUUUGGCUCCGUUAAUAAUAUCAGCUACGAAGUUUUGUGGAUGAUCUCGAAGUAUAAUUAAUAUAAAAUAAGGAACACUCAGUCAAUUGUUAAAGUCGCCUAGUUAAUUAGCGGCUAAUUAAAAACAUUGGGAAAUGUCAUAUCAUAAACAUCAUUUGGCUAGAAUAUAAUAGCGCCAGAAGAAAAAGAUAUCCGGUGUUAAGUGCCUGCGCGAAUAAAAAAUUAAUACGGAAGGAAUAAACAUGUUGGCAAUAUUAAUGAAAAUCGUACAGAGGUGCUUAAUAGUAAUUUAGGCUCGCGAAUGAUCUAGCUCAAAUAUCAUAUGUUAUCCUAUGCCAUAUUAUCCCUUUGU